CGUUGCUUCUCUGGCUGGCAGCGUGCACGUUGCCGCCGAUAGCCUUGAGCGUGCAGCAGCCCAGGACUGGUGCAGCUGGAGUUACUGCAAUGCAGAGUGGAAGCUGGGAAUCGCCUCCCCCUCCUCCCAGCCUGGCUGGCUGGCUGGCUGGCUUGCAUUCAGCCCGGCUGCCUCUCAGCAGAGAUGUGCGCCACCGCCACCGACGAGCUGCGCCUCAGACAAUACAGCCCCAGUCCCCGACAGCUCUGGCAUUCUUGAGCGGAGCCCAGCUUCCAUGGCAGCCCCCGGUUGAAGCCGGGACUCUCAGAGCACAGACUGUGUGUGUGCAGGGGGAGGGGGGGCUGCUUCCUUUGUCUCCGCAGAAGGAUGCUGCACAGCGGUGACACAAUGCCUGUUUGUUUGUGAUAGCUGAGCCUGUCCUGAGAGGGCAAGAGAGAGGGGCAAAUCGGAGGAGAACCCAGCGGGGGAAGUUGGGACCUGGCGGUGACGGUGCAUCUGGCCUCUUUUGCUGAAAUAAGAGAGAGAGAGAGAAAGAGAGAGAGAAAAAGAGAGAGACUGAGCUUCACAAGCCAAGGAUGUGUCAGUCCAGCGCCCUGCAGGGACCAGAGCUGCACUCAGGGAAAUGGUUGCAAUUUCCCCAGCUGGCCCUGAGGCGGAGGUUGGGCCAGCUGAGCUGUAUGUCUAGGCCUGCUCUGAAACUCCGUUCUUGGCCUCUGACUAUUCUCUAUUACCUUCUGCCUUUUGGUGCUCUUAAACCCUUGACCAGAGUGAGAUGGAGGCCUAUGAGCAGGGUCUCUUUGUACAAAUCGGUGCCCACGCGACUCCUCUCCCGAGCCUGGGGGCGCCUGAACAGCGUCGAGCUGCCCACCUGGCUGCGGAAGCCUGUGCUGAGCUUGUACAUUUGGACCUUUGGGGUCAACAUGAAGGAGGCGGCGGUGGAAGACCUCCAUCACUACCGAAACCUCAGCGAGUUUUUCAGGCGGAAACUGAAACCCCAGGCCCGGCCGGUCUGCGGCUUCCACAGUGUGAUCAGCCCGUCCGAUGGCAAGAUCCUCAGUUUGGGACAAGUGAAGAACUGUGAAGUGGAGCAAGUGAAAGGCAUCACUUACUCCUUAGAGUCCUUCCUCGGUCCGCACACCAACAAGGAAAGCUCCAAAGGCAAGCCCCUCUCCUGCCAUGACUCCUUCCAGAAGCAGCUGGUCACCAAGGAUAGCAAUGAACUUUAUCACUGUGUGAUUUACCUGGCCCCAGGGGACUACCACUGUUUCCACUCACCCACCGACUGGAAAGUGUCUCAUCGUCGCCACUUCCCCGGCUCCUUGAUGUCUGUGAAUCCAGGCGUGGCUCGCUGGAUCAAGGAACUCUUUUGCCACAACGAGCGCGUCGUCCUCAGCGGUUGCUGGAAACACGGCUUCUUCUCCCUGACGGCCGUCGGCGCUCAGAACGUGGGAUCCAUCCGCAUCUAUUUUGACCAGGACUUGCGCACCAACAGCCCCCAGUACAGCAAAGGUUCCUACAACGACUUCAGCUUCGUCACCAGCAACAACCACGAGGGCAUCCCCAUGCGGAAGGGGGAACAUUUAGGGGAGUUCAAUCUCGGCUCCACCAUCGUCCUCAUCUUUGAAGCGCCCAAGGACUUCAGCUUCUACGUGAAGCCCGGACAGAAGAUCCGCUUCGGGGAGGCCUUAGGAUCUCUCUAGAGGCUCCCGUGCUGGGAAAUGGGAGCAGCUUUUUAGACACAACAGAGACUCGGUUUGUAAAAGGAAAAGCUUCUCUGCGGUGGGAGUGCUGCUCAGCGGGACCUGAGUGAGAAAACAAAAGGCGCCCUUCUUCCGGAAGAAGGCCGAAACGGUGCCGCCAGGGCAUGGCCACCCAGAGAGCUGCAGACAUAUCAGGGAUCGUGGCCUUUAAGCAUGUUGACCAGGGUGGCUUUUCUCCUUCCCUCUGCCUGGAGCCAGGGCCUGGCAGCCAGAGGGAGGGAGGAAAGCGGCGUGCCUCCUCCUUUAAAGGGAUAGCAGCAGACCGACAUCCAACAUUCCAGCUUCACUCCUGGCCGAGCAGUCCAGGAUCCAAGCAGUGAGAUUCCGUCAAGUCAUCGUGACAGAUUUUUCAGUUCAGCUGGAAUCCCCCCCCCCAUUUUAUUCAGGCAUCUGUUGCAGGUCUGGUUCUGUCCCUUUAAAGCAGAAGCUUGCACUGAACUUUGAACCUCAAGCACUGUGUUCGCAAUCCACACUUGACUUGACCUUGUUCAUAUUUUCAUUGGAGGGAAGCCUCUUCCACCUGUAAUUCUUCUUAACUCUCUAGACCUAUAACGUUUUCUUGCUGCUACUCUGGGCCUUACCACGCUGUUUCGUACAGGAGGUAGCUAAUGUCCUUCGUUAAGCUUAAGACGUGAGAAGUACGCAUGCAUUUAAUUUCUCUGUGCAGAGGUGGAGGGAAGUCUCUGGGGGUGGCCCAAGCUGGCUGGAGCCUGCUUCCCUUUUUGGGGCCGCUGGUGCCGAGUCACCAGGAGCAGGAGAAGGGGAAGGAAGUCACAGCUGCCCGGGAUGAAAACCAUCUGCAAGUUUGCAGGAUUGAAAUAGCUGGAGGACAGACUAUUAAAGAACCGUUUGGAAACCUUUGAGCAAUUUUCCUUUUCUCCUCACAUGCUGCUAUGAUUUUCAGAAAAUUCUUCCCUGGAUUUGCAAAACCUUUCGGCAGCUUGCUUCAGAAAGCCAAAUUUGCCUGUGCCAGCUCAAGAGUUCUGUUCUAAACAUUUCAUUCCAUAAAUGUCCAAUUUAUGCUCAGAGGAGCAACAGUGGGAGCCUUAUCUUCGCAGUGCCAUUUUUGGGGGGGAGAGUAAGAAACGAUGCACCCUAUUAUGUCACAGGCGUGCUCUGGAUGCGAACCUCAAGAAACCAGGUUGUGCACAGGGACAAGGACUGGUGGGUAGGUGGGAGUGUAGAAUCCAUCUCGUUUUUGAAAUAAGCCUUCAAAUGAACACCCCUGUCAUAGAAGAAGCGGAUACAGAUUUAAGACCAUGAGUAGGACACCCAGAAAAGAGCAGGUCUCUAUGAAUUUCUGUGUGAUUUUGAGGCAUGGAUGCAGGGGUCACUUUGCCUUCCCUCUUGCCUGGGCAUCCUUUGUUUACACAGGUCAAGGGUGGUUAACGGUGGGGGUUUUUUCACCCAAAAGCUGCCCUCUUUUACCCUGAGAAUGUAAGCCGAAGGGCCAGUGGCUACCUUAGUGCAUCUGGAAAGGCACAACUGGCCGAGGGAUGGCGAUCGAGGGCAGGGCCCAGCAAGCAACUCAGAGGGGUUAACCACUUCUGUUGAGGCUGCAUUGCCAAGACUACUCCGAGCAGCUUCAAUUCCACCUUCAUCGGCUAAUCUAGCUGUCAAGGAACUCUCCUCCUGGUUGCUCAGAAAGCAGAAGAACCUGCUGGACAAACCGACAAGGGAGCUGGGGCUGGGCUCUGCAGGCUGAAGACCACAGAGAGGCACAGAAGGUCACAUUGACCCUGAACCCCCCCCAGGGGAAGGGGCGCCUUGGUGAUGUGGUGAUUUUUCUCCUGCACGGAGAAUCUUAUUUAAUUUUUUCAACUGUAUCAGUAGCACAGUAUUUUUGUAUGUCAAAAUGUACAACUUACAGACAUUAAUUCAUUAACUGAAAAUGUUUUAAAAUAAAUAAAAACAAUGUUUUA